UGAUGCAGCGUGCGUGACGGACAGUCGGAUAAGGAACACUUCGGCCGAACAAGCUCCCAACAAUGCUCUAUACCCGAAGUCAAUACCUUUCACAGAGGCGCUGGUUCCAUCGACGUACAAGCUGACUAGCCCGAAUGAGCUUGAACAAGUCACGGUGCAGCCCAGCCAGCUCUUGGUAAAGCAACUUGAGACUGUCGAAAAGAAUUUGACGAUCGCCGCAGGCAAUGCUUUGGAUGAUCACUCCAUGAUUUGGACAACAAGCGAUUCCACUGGUUCGGAUACACUUGAAAGGCUACCAGCGGAGCCUUCAGCUGAAGAAACGUGCCAGAUUCUGGGAGAUGUGGAGCUACUUGAUCUAGAAAAUCCAGCGUACGUGGCAGACAGUCGAAGAGAAAACACUUCGACCGAACAAGAAAAGCAUGCUUCCAACAAUGCUUCAGGCCACAAGUCUGGUUCCAUCAACGAACAAGAAGUACCUACUACGGAUACGUGGACCAAAGUGCCGGAAGCUGAUGAAAAGGAUACCGUAGCCAACGAUUUGGACAUGCAGUCGAGAGUAUUUACCGGCUUUAGUUCCAUCAGCAAGCGGCUUACUAGCUCGGACAUGCUAAGACCCGUCGCUGCUUUUGAGCACGACCUUUCAGUUCUUUGCGUGGCACUCAACGCAAGGAGUCAGGAGGUGGAUAUCUGCGUCUCUUGUGGUCCUCUGGAGAAGCACGGUGUACAACUAUAUGUAUACCGUAUUUCCCUUGACAACAACUUGCUAUCGGAGGCAACGUUGCUACAGUCCUUUUCACUGGAUUCUUACGAAAAUUCUGGAACAGACUCUCUGAAGCAAGCGGAGUUUGGAAUUCAACUCACUGCAGACGGCGACAGCCUUCAACUUUUGCUGUUCAUAGCCCCGAGCUUCCCAGUCAGUCGAACAUAG